CAAGAUUCACCGUUUUGAUAUAGUCCUUCAUUAUCCAGUAGAUAGCUGACUGGACUUCGUGUGGAAAUAGAUCAUCUUCUUUACCUCGUACUAUCGCUAAAGUUUGUGUCUUUGCCGGUCUGAAUCUUCUCUGAAACCCUUUGGCAGUAACAAUGGCGGAUUCCACUCUCCCACACGACGCACUUUUUCUCGGCUUUGACAGUUCAACUCAGUCAAUGAAGGUGACAGUGCUAGAUGCCAAUCUAAAUAUUGUAGCCACAGAGAUGGUUAAUUUUGAUUCUGAAUUGCCCCAUUACAAGACCAAAGAUGGUGUUUAUCGCGAUGCUUCAAUCAAUGGGAGAAUAGUUUCACCUACUUUAAUGUGGGUGGAAGCUUUGGAGCUUGUACUCCAGAGACUCGAGAAGUCUAAAUUAGAUUUUGGAAAGGUUGCUGCUAUUUCGGGUAGUGGGCAGCAACAUGGAAGUGUGUAUUGGAAGACCAGGAGUGCUGGAAUUUUGUCGUCAUUAGAUCCCAAGAAAUCAUUGCUGGAGCAGCUAGGUGAAGCUUUUUCGACGAAAGAGUCCCCGAUCUGGAUGGAUAGCAGCACCACGGAGCAAUGCAAGGCAAUUGAGAAAGCUGUUGGAGGUCCUUUGGAGCUGUCUAAAAUCACGGGCUCUCGUGCAUAUGAAAGAUUCACUGGCCCACAAAUACGGAGGGUAUUUGAGACACAACCAGAAGUCUAUAAGAAUACAGAAAGAAUCUCCCUUGUUAGCUCUUUCAUGGCAUCCCUGUUUAUUGGGGGUUAUGCUUCUAUAGAUCAUACUGAUGGGGCCGGCAUGAACCUAAUGGAUAUUAAGCAGAGGGCUUGGUCGAAGACGGCUUUAGAGGCAACAGCACCAGGCUUGGAGGAAAAAUUGGGGAAGUUAGCCCCUGCAUAUGCUGUUGCAGGUCCUAUUGCGUCGUAUUUUGUGGAGAGGUAUCACUUUAACAAGAACUGUUUGAUUAUUAACUGGUCUGGAGAUAAUCCCAACAGCCUGGCAGGUUUGACUCUUAACACGCCUGGUGAUCUGGCAAUAAGUCUUGGCACAAGUGACACAGUCUUUGGAAUCACGACUGACCAUAAGCCCAGCUUGGAAGGGCACGUGUUUCCUAAUCCCGUUGAUACGCAGGGCUACAUGGUAAUGCUGUGCUAUAAGAACGGUUCACUCACUCGUGAAGAUAUACGCAACAAGUGUGCAGACAAAUCUUGGGAUGCCUUCAAUAAACAUCUGGAGUCAACACUGCCUUUGAAUGGCGGUAAAUUAGGCUUUUAUUAUAAGGAUCACGAGAUACUUCCUCCUCUCCCAGUUGGGUAUCACCGCUAUGUUCUGGAGAAUUUCACGGGAGACACCCUUGAUGGUGUAAAAGAAUGUGAAGUGCAGGAAUUUGAUCCCGCUUCUGAGGUUCGAGCAAUAAUCGAGGGGCAGUUCCUUUCUAUACGAGCUCAUGCUGAAAGGUUUGGACUGCCUUCUCCGCCGAAGCGGAUGAUUGCAACUGGUGGAGCUUCGACGAAUAAUGCCAUUUUAAGCAUGGUGGCUUCCAUUUUUGGGUGCGAUGUUUAUACCGUGCAAAGGCCAGACUCAGCCUCCCUCGGGGGCGCUUUGAGGGCUGCUCACGGUUGGUUGUGCGACAAGAAGGGACAAUUUGUACCAAUCGCAAGCAUGUACAUGGACAAGAUGGAGAAGACGUCGCUCAACUGUAAACUCGCUGUGACUGCAGGCGAUCAAGCACUCGUGGCCAAGUACGCUUUGCUGAUGAAGAAGCGAGUUGAGAUCGAGAAUCGCCUUGUUGAAAAACUCGGGCGCAUGUGAACUUCGUAGUUCAAAAUGUUCUUUCGAUUAUUUACUGUGUAGACAAAACCAUAUCCAAUAAAAAUUGCUGUUCAGAAUUGCAUUGCAAAUUUUGCAUAAAAUUACUUCUUAUUUUA